CCCAUAUUCCUCAUCGAUCACUAUCUCAACUCCACCAUCUCACCCAGAUGCAGAUACUUCUCACUUCAUCCAUUCCUUAAGACAAUUCCUUUCCGUACGACCGAUACUGCGAUCUAUAAUUCUCUCCGCGCUAGCGCCAUGUCCUUCGCUCCCGUGCCUCCCGCCUGAUCCGCAUCUCCCUGAAACUCCCUCCUGUACAUACGUAUCACGCCUCUCAUCCAUUAUACAACCCUAUCUCCUCUCAUCCCUCCCUCCUCCUCCACUUCCUCCGCCCUCCCUCCCUCCACCAUGAGCUCCAAACACCCCUACGACCCCUACCCCCCCAUCCCCAUCCCCACCUACGAAGAAGCCACCUCCUCCCGCCCUCCCUCCUCCACCCAUCUUGGCCCCUCCGAAAUCAGCGCCGAUGCCGAACGACAAUCCUUCCUCGCCCCCGCCUCCCGCCGCCGCACCGGAUACCACGCCCCUUCCGUCCAAUCCGUCCGCUCCAGCACCGACACCGCAGACUACCUCCCCGAUCCCGACCCCAACUCCGACACCGACACCGACACCGACGAUGGCGACGGCGACCGCCUCCGCCGCGACAUGGAGGAGCUUGAGGUGCUCGACCCCGACGCGGACGAGGCGGACGGCGCGCGCCGCCGCCGCCGCGCGCGGACGCGCUUCUCGAAACGGCUGGCGAGCUUCACGUCGCGAUUUUCGGGGUGGCGGAUGCGGCGACCGACGUGGGCGCAGGGGCUACGGUGGCCUUCAGGGGGGUGGAGCAUACCGCAGGAUUACCGGCCGCGGGGGAUCAUCUUAGCGCGGCUGGCGGGGCUGUUCGUGUUAAUGGCGCUGGUGUAUUCGUUGUUCGUGCUGCAGAUGGUGCCGGGGAAUGGGGGGGUGAUGUUUAGUCCGGAGAGCGUGCGGGCGUAUGCGCAGGGGCGAGUGGAAGAGGGGCGGAUCCGGGAGUAUGCAAGGCAUCUAAGUGGGUUUGACCAUGUGGCAGGGUCGAAGGGGGAUGCAUAUAUGGCGCGGUGGGUGGAGGGGUUGUUUCGGGAGGCGGGGUUGCAGGAGGUGGAGACGGAGAGAUUCAAUGUCUAUCUAAACUACCCUAAGAAAGGUGGGAGACGAGUCGCGAUCGUCGAUCCGCCGGAGCUGGCUUGGGAGGCAAAACUGGAAGAGGAUGAGGUAUACCCGAACGCCAUCACCCCCGUGCAGCAGGUCCCCGCCUUCCACGGCCACUCACGCGCCGGCGACGUUUCCGGCCCCUUAAUCUACGUCAACUACGGCUCGCGAAAGGACUACAAGCGUCUCGCCGACAGCGGCAUCGAUAUGAACGGCUCGAUCGCACUAGUUAGAUACUACGGCACCCAAGGUGAUCGAGCACUCAAAGUUAAAGCGGCGGAAGAGUGGGGCUUCAAAGGCGUCCUCAUCUACUCCGACCCCGAAGAAGAUGGCUUCGUCAAGGGAGACGUCUGGCCCGAGGGUCGCUGGCGACCUGCUGACAGCGUCCAGCGCGGAGCCGUCAGCCUGAUGAGUUGGGUUGUCGGUGACGUGCUGACACCUGGCUGGGCGAGCGUGGACGGCGCGAAACGGGUGAGCAAGGAUAACAAUCCGGGCUUGGUCAACAUCCCGAGUCUUCCGUUGGCGUGGAGGGAUGCGCAGAGAUUGCUGCAGGUGCUGAAAGGACAUGGGCAGCAGUUGCCGGAGGAGUGGAUUGGUGGGGUGCCGGAUGUGGAGGAGUGGUGGUCAGGCGAUAAGACGUCGCCGGUCGUGCAGUUGAAAAACGAGCAGGACGAAGUCGAUGAGCAGCCGAUUUUUAACGUGUUGGGAGAGUUUCCGGGCAUCGAGACGACGGCGAAGAAGGUGAUUGUUGGGAAUCAUCGAGAUGCAUGGUGUUUCGGCGCCGCUGACCCUGGAAGUGGGACGGCAGUAAUGCUGGAAGUGAUCAGGAUCUUCGGAGACCUAUGGGCCGAAGGCUGGCGACCGCUCCGAACCAUCCAGUUCGCUUCCUGGGACGGCGAGGAAUACAAUCUCAUCGGCUCGACCGAACAUGUGGAAAACCGCAUCGAUGAUCUCCGGAAAGACGCCAUCGCGUACCUGAAUGUCGACGUCGGCGUCACCGGCAGCAAGUUCUGGGCCGCUGCCUCGCCUCUCUUUCAAGAUAUCGUUCUCCGAGCCAUCGGCCGCGUCGAAGAUCCCGGAACCAACAGUACAUCCACCGUCCGCGAACAGUGGGAAACCGACGGCGGCAAACUGCGAGGCCUCGGCGCGGGGAGCGACUAUGUCGCGUUCCAAGACCUCGCCGGCUGCUCGAGCAUCGACUUUGGCUUCGAAGGCCCAGGCUUCCCAUACCACAGCUGCUAUGAAACCUUUGAAUGGAUGGAGCAAUAUGGCGACCCAGGCUUCCAAUACCACAAGUCCCUCGCGCAGAUCUGGGCCCUCAUGAUCCUCGAGCUGACCCAGGAGAACAUCAUCCCGUUCGACCUCACCACAUACGCGUCCGCAGUUGCGGAGUACAUUGAGGCGCUGGAAACGUACGCAAACGAGAAAGGAGCGCCGUGGUCGCCGGACAAGGAUGGCGUGAAGUUCGACGUGGAGCCGCUGGCGACGGCGGCGGACGGGUUCACGCAGAAUGCGAACUCGUUCCAUGCGUGGGAGCAGACGUGGCGGGACGAGGUCUUCGGCCGCGGCGGAUUCGAAGCGAACAUGGUGAUGGCGCAUCGGAUCGCGCACAAUGAGAAGAUGAGCGACUUCGAGACGAACCUGCUAGACCUACCGACGGGUCCGGAGGAUACGGAGCAGCAUGGGGUUCCCGGUCGCGAGCAAUUCAAGCAUAUCAUCUUUGGACCCCAGCUCUGGUCCGGCUACGACGAAGCGUAUUUCCCGGCGAUCCGCGAUGCGGUGGAUGCGGGCGACUGGGCGCUGGCUCAGAAGCAGCUGGAAAAGGCGGCGAGGAUCCUGCGGAAUGCGAGCGAGCGGCUGCUGGUAUAGAUUCAUAGGCCUCAUUUGUACAUUACUCCAUCCGCCGUUUUGGAGGGACGACUUCACUUGCUGCCCGGUGCAUAGCGAUCUUUGGUUGGGAUAGGGAUAUCACAUUGUUGGGGAUGGCGACUUCUGAUCAAGUCCCCGUGUAUAAGUUUUCCCCUGCUGCUGUUUAGUCACCCUUGGAUACCAGUCAUAUCAGGCCCUUCUCUUUUCGAAAACUCCGGAUCGACGUAAGCAAAGCCGAGAUUCAAGAUGUUC